AUGGGUUCAGCCCCGGCCGGCGACUUGGAGCUGGACGUGUUCCCAGACCGGCAGGAGUCGCUGGAGAUCGACGAAGCCCUCUCCAGUCUGGAGGCCAUCCUCAAGUACUCCCGCAGCAGCCUCUUCCUGCAGCGCUUGCCGUUCAUAAGGGCCAUUGGGUUCGAGACGCCCCGGUUGGAGUUCGACGCCAUCAGCACGCAGUUGGUGCCCCUGGUGGAGGAGCUGGUGCGGGACCCGGAGGAUAUCAUCAGGGAUGCGGUGUCGGACGCCCUCCAUCCAAUGGGCAGGGCCAUAUGCGAACACGAAGGCUCGAACUCUCCCUUGUUUGGCAGGGUGCUUGGCUGCGCCUUGACACUCAUCAAGGACCACUGCGAUGCUGUGAGGGAUGCAGGGCUCGAUGCCUGCAUCGGGGUGGCGAUGUGCGCAAAAGGGAGCUCAGAUCUUGAGCAGAUGGGUCAGACUGCGGACUCAUUGCUGGCGAGCGACGAACUGGCAGACAGGCUGUGGGGUUUGCGCCUCCUUGCAGGCGUUUUGGAUGUCAUGGUGGAGUUGUGGGGAGAGAGCGAAACAUGCCAACGGCUUUGUAAGGUUGGAGCAGAUGCGAGCCAUGAUGUGCGAAAGGAGUUGGCAAUGCAAUUUCCAACCUUUUGCACGUGCCUGUCUGCAGAGUCCGUUUUGCAAUGGGCACUGCCCAUCUUCCAAACCCUGACCCAUGACACAGUGUGGUCAGUGCGGCAAGCCACAGCAGAUGUCUUACCCGCGAUCUCCAAUCUGCUCCCGCCUAGCUCACGUCACACUAGCCUACUGCCCACUCUCAAUCGCCUCAGGGAGGACCUAUCCACCUGGGUGAAAGCAUCGGCGCUGAUGAGCUUUGGGCCCUUCCUCACCACCCUGGAGACCCAGUCCCUGGUGCCAGAACUGCUGGAGGAAUUCUGCAAAGUGAUCAGUGAGCACUGUGGACUGUCAGACGAUGCAGUGUUGUUGAGCUGCGCGCAUGCCUUUCCUGGUGUGGCCCUCAAGGCAGGGGCCCAGGGCUGGAGUAGCCUGAGGGGCCUGUACUUGACGAUGGCGGGGUGCAAGGAAGAGGGUGUGCGGCGCACGCUCGCGUGCUCUGCCCACGAGUUGGUGGCACCCCUAGACAAGGAAGUGCUGGAGGAGGAUGUGCUUCCUGCUGUGCAUAGCUGGAUGGAGGACCCAUCUCCUGCUGUACGCAUGGGCACCGCCAAGUACCUGGGCGUGCUGAUCCAGCAGCUUCCGCAGGAACUGCACGAGCGGUGCCUCUCCCAGAUCGACAACAUACUGGCCCCCACGUUCCCGAGAGCUGGUCCCAGAACCAGUCUCGAAGAUCGCAGGCCGACUUCCCCUUCUUCGCACGAGUCGUUCGCAACUGCUGAAGAGGCGGAGGCGGAGGCGGAUGCAGAGGGGGCGGCAUCGUCCUCAGGCAUGCGUUUCUUCCACAGUGGGGAUUGGAGGUUGCGCAGGGCUGUGGCCAGUCAGCUAGGGCCCAUGGUGGAGUUCGUGCACCCUGAGCUGGUGAGGCAGUACCUGCUGCCCUGCGCGCUGCAGCUGUGCAGUGACUGUGUGGUGGCAGUGAGGGAGGAGGCUGGGGCGCAGCUAGGCAGGUUCCUGUGGUUCUCUUUGAACCGGGAGGGCGAGGUUUGGGGGCAGCUGAGGGAGCAGCUGAUCGGGAUGAUAAAGAAGCUGUCAACGAGUGAGAGGUUCGAACUGCGGUGCCUGACCUCCGUGGUGCUCAUGAGGGCGCAGGAGAUCGGCAUGGACGUCUUUUCGGAGCAGGAGCUGGCUGCUGUGGUGGAGGCCCUGAGGGGGGAUGCUGUGGUGGACGUGCGGCUCAGGGUGGGGGGCAUCAUGCCGGCACCCCGGUCGGUCAGUCCACCAGGUUGA